AUGUCUUUCAGGCUGGACCCACGCGGCGACCUACUUCCACCCACAAUUCACCCCAGCUCGUACUAUUAUACCCACACCCAUACCCGGGGUACGUCUUUCGGACUCCUGAACAAAAAGCCGAAGAAGAAGCAGUGCUAUGACUGGAUCUUCUCAACAGCAUCCAAUGUCCACAUCGCAAUCGACCGCACCGCAUUCAAAGCCUACGCUGCUUUUAAAUCCUACGUCCUCACUGUGUCCGAUCAACGCCAAGUACCAGUUCGAGGCAUUGGAACAGUCGAACUAAAAUUGAGAGAGCCUGGAAGCCGGGACAACCACAAGAUCUUGUUAGAAGGGGUCUUGCACGUUCCCGACUGGAUCUGCAAUGUUUUCUCCGACAUCUAUUUCCUGCCUGCCUCCAAAUACGAGCACACGUGGACCGAGUUGGGCGUCAACUUCUGGGUGCGAGACAAAGAGAUCUUGAAGCCUUGGGGUUACACCGAGGAUUUCUGUGGUCUCGACCGGUUGGUGCUGUCCAAAGGCCAUCAAGGACGUAAUCCGAUGCUGGAAGAUCCCGACCGAGAAGUGUUUUCCGUCAGUCUGACAUGGCCGCAGAGUCAAAGGGAUAAAUGGGACAAAUGCGUGGCUGAAGGACCAAAGCUCGGAGCCGAACGUCUGGAGAAGACUUCGAAGAAGACCCAAGCCGACGAGGAGACCAAAGUCCAUAAAAGACAAGCCAAGAGCGCUUUGGUCGAGAGCACCAAAUGGAGGUUGGUCCCGGACGUCUCAAACAGCGAAAGAGGGAAAUCUGAGAGAAAGUCCGGCGAGGUCAGCGGCGCACCGAAGAUUCUCCCCCGGGCCUCCAGCUUGUUCGAUCCAGCCAAAGGAUCACGUGGUGGUUGA